CUCUUAUGUAAAAGAAACAAGAAGAUAAUAAUUGUAGUGACCACUUAACAUGGCGACUAUCCCUUUGUUAGUGUUACCAAUUUCUCUCCUCCACCGUCAACCUUCUUCUCCUCCAACUCUAACAACUCACUCUCACAUCCACAAUUUCCCUAACCCCAUUUUCACAAACUCCUCAAUCAACAAACCAUCCCCACUGCACGGUAUCAAUCCCAGUGACUCAAGACGAGACAAUCCUCUCUUCUUGGACGAAAACAAUGCGGUGGUCGAUGACAUGGACGGUUACCUCAAUAACCUUUCACUCGAAUACGAAUCUGUUUGGGACACCAAACCAGCUUGGUGUCAGCCAUGGACAAUAGCGCUAACAGGGGUUUCAAUUGUUGCUAUUAGCUGGUUGAUUUUUCAAUCUGUUGUUGUUACUUCAGCCAUAUCAUUGCUCAUUUUCGCUUGGUGGUACAUUUUUCUUUAUUCUUAUCCUAAGGCAUAUUCAGCUAUGAUAGCCGAGCGCAGAGAAAGGAUUACAGAUGGUGUUGAGGACACGUAUGGUCGUAGGAAGUAGCAAAAUUCAAGUCCAAAAUUCAGACGUGUUGACCGUGCAGAGAUGGCGUAGUUUGGCAACCACCACAAAAUUUAGAUCCAUAUAUAUUUUUUUUACAUUGUCUUCACAUACUUGAUACUUUGGUUAGAACUUUGAGCAUUGUCCAUUGGAUUUGAAUUUGUGAAAAUGAGUAAUUUUCUGUAAA